UUGUCCCAUUAGGGAGGGUGGUCAACCUGCCCCAUGGCCAGGGCAUGACAUUAUAAACAUUAUAAACAUAGUAACAUUGCAUGACUUUUCUUCCAAGACUGUGAUAGUACAGAAAAACCAUAUUGGCCCCACCCUAGGGCCUGAACCCCUGACCCAGGGACCAUGAAUUUUACAAAUUAGGUGGAGGACUUUAUGGACAUCAUAGCCUUGAAUUUAGAUUUUCUCAAUAUAUAUGAGAGUAGAGAAGAAGAUUUUCUAAGAUUUAAUACAUUUUUAUUGCUAGAUCAGUAAGCCUCCAACACAUGUCAGAGUCAGUAUUUGUGGGACUGUGUGAGAUAGUGGGGACUUCACAACAGGUGGCCCUAAGGAGGGAGACAGAGGACAUCAGGGAGAUGGUGACAAAGGACAUGAUGGGGAUAGUGGGGGGACAAGUUAUAUUUGGGAGUGGGAUGAUCAGCGGAAGUUACAGAGAGGGAUUCAGAUUGAGGGGAUCAGAUAUUGACACUAUGAUUUGGAUAAACAACUAUCGAGUGAUCAUGGAUAUGUCUCAGUCUGUGCAUUACACAGCCAAUACAUGUACAACCUUGAUUCUCUCUGACAGUUCUGAGAGUCCACCAGGAUUCACUUUACUUCAGUUACUGACACCAACAACAGACAUAGAAGUCCAAUCAUCAUGUGUCAGAAUGAAUGACAGAGUCUAUAUAUCAAGUUCUAUAUACAGACACUUAACUUGUUCAGCAGUAAUUCCUAAUUUUACUAUACAUGGACCCUGUGGUAGUGGUGUUAUAGGAGGUAACAUAGGAAAGGGACUAGAAUAUGAUAUUGCCUUUUGUUAUAUUUGUGACUUUUGGCCUCCGUUUGCCUCCUCAUGGAUAGACAGAUGUCACUCAUGGCCUGAUCCUGAAGUUGUUGAUGACAUUGUCAGAAAUGGAUGUCACUUUGUAGCAAUAGGACAUCCAUUAGGACCUCAUGAAAAGGAAGAAUGGAGAUUUUCUUUUUCUCAGGCAGAAUGUAAACUUGUGUACGCAAUGAACCACAGUCAGUUUUUGACUUACGGAUUGUUAAAACAUUUUCUAAAAGAAGUUAUAAAUCAACAAGCAGAAGAAACCAAUAAACUGUUGUGUUCCUAUCACAUGAAAACAACAGUUUUCUGGGCGAUUCAACAAAACACACUACCUCACUGGUGUCCACAAAACCUCUUAGCCGGUUUCUGGGUCUGCUUUAAACUCCUCCUUAAAUGGGUGUAUGAGGGGAUCUGUCCUAACUUUUUCAUCCCACAAAACAACCUGUUUCUGACAAAGGUCCAUGGCUCAGCACAAAACAGAUUGUUCCUACAGUUACAUGGAUUGUACAAGAAAGGUCUGGCCUGUCUGUUACAGAGUCCCUCUAUCAGGUCAUACAUCAUUGAUGUCCUGUACAAUCCUAGAGCUUUUGUUUGUACAGAUGAGAGUUUUUUGAAGUCUGAAGUUGACUAUGAUGUAGAACUUUUCACUGAGAUAAGGUCUAAUGCUUCCAGAUCCACAGUAAAUCUACAGGGAUAUUCAGUAGCACAGGUGUUAAACUCGCCCCUGACACACUAUAAAGUUCUCAUGUUACAGGGACUUAACGUCUCCAACCUUCAGAUGACUGCCUUUAUAUUACACAUGUACACAUACACAGGGGUCAACAAACAGAUGUAUAUUGCUGACAAAACAUGUUGUCACAUGCUGAAAUUAGCAGCCAGGUUUGGGUGUAUAACUGACAUGUUGUAUAUUGCCAUGUAUUAUUACAAGACAUUCAGAUACAGGGAAGCUUUGUCUGUUAUAGAGAUGACAAAGGUCAGGUUAGCACAGCCAUAUCUGAUGUAUAAUAAUUGUGUAGACAGAGAGAGGUAUACUGAGGCCGUAGGGGGUCAGUCCUGGUCUACAAAGAUGAGACAGGCCAUGGCAGAUGAUAUCACACUUAACAACAAAAUUUGUUAUAUAAGUGAACUAAUACCAGAACAACAGUCUGCUCUACAGAAUAAGUGGCCUGUACUUUCCAUCCGUGUGUUUGUAAUGUUACACUUUCUAGAGUUCCUGUGUUACAGACACGUUGAUACAACAUUAUCACAAGCAGCUCUAGAUGAGCUACAGGUCCUAGUCCACCUUGAUCAGGUACUGCAUGUACGUGAUCAUAUCGGAGACAUCUCCUGGGAGAUCCUGGGGAUCUGUCAACAGAUUACAGGGAACCUCCAAGCUGCUCUCUACUCAUACCAACAAUCACUCACACACUAUCCAUAUCACAACAUACAAACCGCUACACAGAGGAGAAUACAGGAUAUAGUAGGAACAGCUAUGCAUUAGUACAUGUUAAUGUUUCAUUAAUUCAGUACCCUACCUGAAUUCAGGGGCACCGAAAGGUAUUUCAUAUUUUGGCGGCAAAUUUGAUAAGGGGGUCGAGACUUAAUAUUUACUUAUCUAUGAUGCAUGUUCAAGCUUCAACUUUGAUUCCACUCAUCAGUUGCACAUCAAAAACUUCUAAAAAUGGAUAUCCAUGAAUCCAGGUUAACACAAAUUUGCUCGAGGAAAGGUCUAAUGCAGCUCUAGUGUUUCUGUGAAUUUCCUGUUUUGUGUCAUAGUAAAACAUAAAAUUUCGAAAUUUCUUUUGAUUAUAAGAUACUGUAAAUAUACAGAAUAAUAAGAUAAUCUCCUUUGGGAGGAAAUAAAGAAAGAAAGAAAGCGUAAUCGCAAGUGCCAAUACAUUAGCGCAAAAAUGUUAAUGCACAUGUAAUUAAAAAAAAGUGCUAGUUAAAAUAUUUUGUUGGAUCCACACCCGUAUUACUAGCAAGUAUAUUUUGUGGUCACUCAAGCAUGUAAUUACAACAGCAUUAGUUUCUAACUCAGGUACACAGGUAAACAUAUAGUCAUAUUUCCCGAGGUGUAGUACAUGCAUGGACAUGUCAUAAUGUCGAUUGUAAACUUUAUAUAAAAAAAACGGAAAAUGUGACAAGUUUCUACCUGAUUCAGAAAAAGAACUGUGUGAAUUUAUUACCGAUUCUUUCGAAUUGCCGAAAACGCCAAAGUGGGAAAAACAAAAGACAUUUUCUUCAGAACUUGGUUUCCCUGUGCGUGAAAGUACCAUCCAUAAACUGGCAAAAGCUUAUAUAAAAAGCAGAGACAGAACGCCGUUACAUAGAGUUUUAGAAUUACUGAAAGGAGACAAGGGUCGACCAUUACUACUUGGUAAAUACGAUAAAUUAGUACAAAACCAUAAACGAAAAAUAAGAUAGAAUGGGGGCAUUGAAUGUUAUAUCUCGUGCAGUUUCUUAAUGGCCAAUCAAUCAAAAUCAAGAUUUGGGGUCGCCACUACUGUUAACCUGUGUCACAUGUCGUAAUAGGGUGUGUGAAUAUGCUAGUCUACCUGUGUAGGGGUGUCUAGAAGUGUGUUUUCAUAGUAAUGUAUGUAUCAAAUCACACAAAAAACAACCUAAGCGAUUAAAAUCAAUUGUUUAAGAUACUGUUUAAUAAGCUCCUGUUAUUGUCCUACAUGAUGUCUUUUCAGCUUUUCUCUCUGUUUGAAAUAAGUUUUGUGUAGUGUAAAAAUAUAUUCAUGAUUAUUGUUAUUAUACAUACAAAUGUAUUCAUUAAUAAAAGGUUAAAAACAAGUGAAAAGCUGUCAAUGUGACAGCAAACCAGGUUUUCUUUUAUGUGAACUGUAUCCAUAAUCCAUGUCAACCCAUAUCCAGUGAAAUGGUGUACCCUAAAUGCAAUAUUUUGCCAAAAAAUUUCUAAAUUAUCAGAAAUCAAAAUUCUAGUAAUAUGCACACCUCUGAUAUAUGUACAAUUGAUCUGCAAAAGAACAACUUCCUAUCUUGAAAACUGCAGGAGGAGUUAUCCGUACAAUGAGGGUACCCUAUAUGCAAUAUUUUGCCAAAAAAUGACUAAGUUCAAAAGCUGGUAUUUUUUUCAUAAAUUAUUGGAAAUCAAAAUCCUAGCAAUAUGCACACCUCUGAUAUAUGUACAAUUGAUCUGCAAAAGAACAACUUCCUAUCUUGAAAACUGUAGGAGGAGUUAUCCGUACAAUGAGGGUACCCUAUAUGCAAUAUUUUGCCAAAAAAUGACUAAGUUCAAAAGCUGGUAUUUUUUUCAUAAAUUAUUGGAAAUCAAAAUCCUAGCAAUAUGCACACCUCUGAUAUAUGUACAAUUGAUCUGCAAAAGAACAACUUCCUAUCUUGAAAACUGUAGGAGGAGUUAUCCGUAUAAUGAGGGUACCCUAUAUGCAAUAUUUUGCCAAAAAAUGACUAAGUUCAAAAGCUGGUAUUUUUUUCAUAAAUUAUUGGAAAUCAAAAUCCUAGCAAUAUGCACACCUCUGAUAUAUGUACAAUUGAUCUGCAAAAGAACAAUUUCCUAUCUUGAAAACUAUAGGA